AUGACGACUUUGAAGAAAAAGUCAACGCCAACGUACGCGGUGGAGAAACACGACAGGAACGAGAAAAUCACUCUGCCUCCUCCUCCUCUGCCUCCUCCUGUUCAUACUUCUUCCUCCUCUGUCGCGAAGAAGACGAAGAAGAAGACCUGUGACUCUUCUGCCAAAGAAGAAGAAGAAGAAGAGGAGAAAGAGAGACUCGCGGAAGAAGGUCUCCCCGCCGAAGCCGCCGGCGAGGAGUUAGAUUUGAAGGCGAAGAACGAGGAUGAGACGGUGGCAAAGUGCGAAGCGAAAGAGGACGACGAGAGAGAACGCGUGGAGGAGAUGGGAGAAGAUGCCGUGGGAAAGGCGCUGGAAAGUAUAUCGCGAGAGUUUUGCGAGAAGAAGGUUUCGGAGGCGGUUGAUUAUGAUUUGGUCAACGCGAAAAUUGAGAUUAUGAUUUCUCAAACUCUGGAAAUUUUAAACGAAGGGAAACGAGCUAAAGCCUCGCCGCUAACGGUGUCGAUAUUCGGUGAUUUGGAUGAGAACAGGUUUGGGUGCGAGAAUUCGAGAUGGCCUAGAUUUGAAGAGACCGAGAGUGAAGCUAAAUUUCAAGAGUUGGUGAGAGAACGAAUAGACGCUUUCGUCGAGCGGUGCCAAGUGGACAUCGAAAAAGAGAACCAAAAACGAGGAGGAAGCGGAACAAAGAAAACGAUGAAAAAGAUGAACAAGAACGAGCAUCAUCAUCAUCAUCAACAUCAAUCGCGCGCGUUGAAACCUUGGUUAGGCGCUUGA